UGGACGUGUUUUGCAUGUUAAUUCUAUUGGAUUUGAUACUGCUUUUAUCGCAAUAAUUGAUUUGUUGGUGCUAAUUAUGUGUGUUGCUUCUGUUAUUCUUUGUCUUAGAGCAUUAGUUAGAGCACAUUUGUUGAAAAAUACGACAAGUGAAUUCUUUGAAAAGGCAUUUAAAAGACGUUUACCAAUUUCGGAUCAAUGGGAAUUCUUUAAUUUAUGGUAUGGAAUGAUUGUUGUGAAUGAUAUUUUGAUAAUUAUUGGAACAAUAAGUAAGGCAACAAUUGAAUUUCGUGAUUUUGAUUCCGAUUUGUUUACAUUAACGGGUGUUGUUUUAGGUAUUGGAGCACUUUUAGUUUAUAUUGGAUUACUUCGAUAUUUUGGAUUCUUUAGUCAAUAUAAUAUUUUGGUGCUUACUUUGAAGAAGUCACUUCCAUCAAUCCUUCGCUUCAUGGUCUGUGCUAUUAUUCUGUAUUCUGGAUUUCUUAUUGCUGGAUGGGUUGUUAUUGGACCUUAUAGUAUGAAGUUCCGAACAUUGGCACAAUCAUCAGAAGCGCUUUUUUCGCUCCUCAAUGGAGAUGAUAUGUUUGCAACAUUCUACACAAUUAGUGAUGCAAAUGCUGCAAUUAAAUUAUUUGGAACUAUUUAUAUAUAUGCUUUUGUAUCAUUGUUUAUUUAUGUUGUUUUGUCAUUGUUUAUAGCUAUUAUAAUGGAUGCUUAUGAAGUCGUCAAGAAUCGAUACAAUCAAGGUAUGGAUUUGGAGCGCUCUAUCCUUCAAGAGUUCCUUGCUAGCGAAGAUAUGCCCGACGUCAACACUCCAGAGGCAAGAGAAAUAUUUGCAACGGAUCAAUUACUUCAAUUAGAAAGUGGCUGGUUUUUGCGAGACUUUUCUCGUUUCUUUUCCAUUUUUCGUCGACUUCAGGGACGUUACAAUCCAACAACGUCUUCACCUCGUCAUCUUUCUGCAGCAAAUAACGGAGGUCCUUUUUUCGACUAUCGCUCGUUUGAAAAUACAUCACAUGAUGGAAUUUCAAUAACUGAAGAACAGCCAGCAAAUAUUCUCAAUCAACGACAACAAACUGGGUUUGGAACAGAUUCACCAGAGAAUGACUUUAGUCAAUUGAAUUUAAGUAAUGAAAACCGUAGCAGUCAACUCAAUAAUUUAAGUGGUGGAUCUCAACAUUUACAUCAUAGUGAUAACCUCCGAAUGAAUCAAUACAAUAAUUUAUCUCUCGAAUGA